GUUGUGCGGGCGGGCGGGAGGGCGGACGUGCGGCACUCAGGGGGAGCCGCGGGCCGGGCCGCGCCGCCUGCGCGGCGGCGGAGCGCGGCCAUGUUAACCAGAAAACCCUCGGCUAGCGCCGCCGCUGGUGCUGCCUACCCAGCCGGCAGGGCAGGGGACAGCGGCCGCCCGCUGCCGUCUUCCCCGGGCACCGGAGCCGGGGUCUCCCGGGCAGGAGCUGGGACCGGCCCGCCGUCGCCCCUCGCAUUGCCGCCGCUCAGGGCCAGCAACGCUUCCCACACGGUUGGAAGCAGUAAGCACACAAUGAAUGAGCACCUACAUGUUGGUAGCCAUGGACAAAUCCAGGUUCAGCAGCUCUUUGAAGAUAAUAGUAACAAGAGAACAGUUCUGACAACGCAGCCAAAUGGACUUGCAACACUAGGCAAAUCUGGAUUGCCAGUGGUUCAGGACAGACAGACAGAGAGUGCCCACAGGCGACAAGGGAGCUCUAGCUCUUUAAAAUCUACAGAUGGAACAGGAAAGGUGAAAGCCUCUGUUAUCACACCAGAGCAAGCAAUGAAGCAAUACAUGCAAAAAUUAACAGCUUUUGAGCAUCAUGAGAUUUUUAGCUACCCUGAAAUAUACUUCUUGGGUCCAAAUGCAAAGAAGCGGCAAGGUGUGAUUGGUGGUUCAAACAACUGUGGGUAUGAUGAUGACCAAGGGUCUUACAUUCAAGUGCCCCAUGAUCAUAUUGCAUACAGAUAUGAAGUCCUGAAAGUUAUAGGGAAGGGAAGCUUUGGGCAGGUGGUGAAGGCCUACGAUCACAAGAUGCAUCAGCAUGUGGCACUAAAAAUGGUGAGAAAUGAGAAACGUUUCCACCGCCAAGCUGCGGAAGAAAUUAAGAUCCUGGAACACCUUCGGAAACAAGAUAAGGAUAACAACAUGAAUGUUAUUCACAUGUUGGAAAACUUCACAUUCCGCAGCCAUAUCUGCAUGACAUUUGAGUUGCUGAGCAUGAACCUGUAUGAAUUAAUAAAGAAAAACAAGUUUCAGGGCUUCAGCCUACCUUUGGUUCGGAAGUUUGCCCACUCCAUUUUACAGUGCUUGGAUGCUUUGCACAAAAACAGAAUAAUUCACUGUGACCUUAAACCUGAGAACAUUCUGUUGAAACAACAGGGUAGAAGUGGUAUUAAAGUGAUUGAUUUUGGCUCAAGUUGUUACGAGCAUCAGCGUGUCUACACUUACAUUCAGUCACGGUUUUAUCGUGCACCUGAAGUCAUCCUUGGUGCUCGUUAUGGGAUGCCCAUAGAUAUGUGGAGCUUGGGCUGUAUCCUGGCAGAGCUUCUGACCGGUUAUCCACUUUUACCCGGAGAAGAUGAAGGAGAUCAGCUGGCUUGUAUGAUUGAACUAUUGGGCAUGCCUUCUCCAAAACUCUUAGAUACAUCCAAGCGAGCGAAAAACUUUGUGAGCUCUAAGGGUUAUCCCCGCUAUUGCAGCAUCACAACCUUGUCUGAUGGCUCUGUAGUACUUAAUGGUGGACGCUCUCGGAGGGGAAAACUGCGUGGCCCACCAGAGAGCAGAGAGUGGGGUAAUGCAUUAAAGGGGUGUGAUGAUCCCCUCUUCCUUGACUUCUUAAAACAGUGUUUAGAAUGGGAUCCCGCUGUCCGUAUGACACCCAGCCAGGCUUUGCGGCAUCCCUGGCUAAGGAGACGGUUGCCAAAACCUCCGACUGGGGAAAAGGCCUCAGCAAAGAGAAUUUCAGAGAGUACUGGUGCUAUAACUUCAAUUUCCAAAUUACCUCCGACUUCAAGCUCAGCUUCAAAACUGAGGACUAAUUUGGCACAGAUGACAGAUGCCAAUGGGAAUAUUCAGCAAAGAACAGUGUUGCCAAAACUCGUUAGCUGAGUUUGAAAAACCCAAUGCUGUUAAUAUGAGAGAUACAAUGUGGCUGAGCCUUAUUUGUAUGAAAAAUUAGCUCAGAUAUGCAUUUUUAUUUGCUCAAUAAAUCUAUUAAUUUGUA